AUGGCAGUUGUUACCACGGUGUCUUUCUCAGUCUUUGCUAAUGGGAGGAAACGUGCUUCCUUUAUCCCCACUCGGGGCUUGAGACGGAUCAAGGGCCUUAAGAUCAAGCACAGUAGCCCUCCAUUGACACACCUUUUUUUCGCUGCCAAGGUUGAAGCGGAGGAAUGCCUAGCGUUAAAACAGACCCUGGAGUCUUAUUGCUUAGCUUCGGGACAGCUCAUUAACUUAGACAAGUCUGGGAUUGCCUUCUCUUCUAACACUCCGGCUCAGACCCGUCUAGAUACUUGCAGCAAUUUGGGCAUCUCCCCUACCCAACAAACUUCUAAAUACCUUGGGCUUCCUUCUAGUUGGGGAAAAUCAAAGUCUGAAGCUUAUAAUUGUCUCAUAGAUAGAGCUGUUCAGAAAAUGCAAGGGUGGAAGUGGAGAUUACUAUCACAAGCCGAUAGAGAAACCCUUGUGAAAGCGGUGGUCCAAGCAAUUCCUUCCUAUGCAAUGUCCUGUUUCAUGCUUCCAAAAAAUUCAGCGAUCAUUUUAACUUCUACACCCGUAACUUUUGGUGGGGUGGCGACCCAGAGGAUAGAGGCAUCCACUGGGCGAGUUGGGCCAAACUCUCUCUCACCAAGUCUCAUGGGGGAGGACCGUUGGAUUCCUUCUUCUCCAAAUUUUAAACCGGUCAGUUUGAAACCAGAUGGCUACCAAGUUCAGUGGGUCGGGGAUGUUAUCAAUUCGACCCACGCUGUGUGGGACAGAGACAAAAUUCUGGGGAUUGUCAAUCACGAGGAUGUUAGUAAUAUCUCAGUCAUUCCUAUCUUUUCUGAGGGUCAAGCGGAUACUCUGAUCUGGCACUAUACCAAUAAAGGAAAUUAUGAAGUCAAGAGUGGUUAUCAGGUGGCCCGACAAGAGAUGUUGGAAGCGCGCUCCUCUGUAGCUUCCUCCUCUGUCCAGCCCCCUAAAGGUUUCUGGAAGUUCAUUUGGUCCUUAAACAUCCCCCCGAAAAUCCGAAAUUUCUGGUGGCGAGUAUGCUAUAACAGGCUAGCAACAAAAGAAAAUCUAUUUCGGCGGAAGUGUGCUCCUUCACCUCACUGUCCGGUUUGUCAGGAAAGUGUUGAAUCCAUCAAGCAUAUUCUCUUCCACUGUGACUGGGUGAGAGCCGUGUGGUUUGGAUGCAAUCUGGGGCUCCGAAUUGGGUCCGAUUUGAUUGCUUCAGCUCUCCAGUGGACGGUAUCUCUGAUGCAAUCUUGCUCUCAAGCGCUUGACAGAAGAGAGAUGGUGAGUAGGGUGGCCACCGUUGGUUGGUGUAUAUGGAAUAGUAGGAACAAUUGGGUUUUUCAACAAUGCUCUGUGGAUCCUCAUCGCGUUUCUCAACAAGCCUGUGCUUAUUGCUUCUCCUCUUCGGAUGGUAGAGCAGCGUUGGCUGUCAUUCUGCGAGAUAGCCACGGGACACUAAUUGAUGGUGUGACCUCUAUAGCCUACUCUUCUUCAGCUAAACAAGAAAAAGCUCAUGCUAUUCGUCUUGCUUGCAUGUUUCUUCGAGCUCUGGGUUUUUUGAAUCUUCAAGUGGAGAGUGACAGCCAAGAAGUGAUCACCCUUUGUAUUUCUGAGAUGGCUCCUCCCUGGGACAUUGCUGCACUCCUGCAUGAUAUUCAGGUUGUGUCUUCCUCUUCCCAAGUUUCCUUUGCUUGGAUUCCUAAGCAGUCAAACGCAGUAGGUCACUGGGUGGCACGAGCUCAUCUUCAUGGAGCUCUGCCUUCUAACUGGGUUUCUAUCCCUCCUGCUGCUCUCUCGGCUUUGCUUUUGGCGGAUGUUUCUUUGUAG